AAGUCUCGGACCCGACCGGCCUCACCACGAAACCACUGUCCGGUGAAGAACCGGGGAGGGGAGCCUUCCCAUUGGCUGCUGGAGGUCGACCGCCAUGGUGGACGGGUGACGUCACCGAGAGCACGGACGUGUGUGUGAGCGAGAGAGAGGGACAGCGAGGCGAGUGUGUGUGUGUGCUCGUUGUUGGGAGGAUGGGAAUACAAAACAGGGUAGAAGUGAAGGAAAUAUGAACGAAAAGGAAGCUUUCAAGUCCCGGGUAACUGCUUUUCGUAAUCAGGAAAUAUCGAAAAACAGAAACAAUUUCGCGCAAACUUGCUGAGAGUUGCACGCGAGAGAAGAAAAAAAAUCUCCGGGAUGGUAAGACUCCCGCUUUCCUCGCGCUGGCGACCCGGGAACCACGCGCCAUUGAAAGAGUGAGAGAUACAGGGAGAGAGAGAGAGAGAUCGAGCACGCGAGAGAGAGAGGGGGGGCGCUGAUAUCUUGUGCAUGCGCUUUUUUUUUGUUUGCUUCACCAGCGUGCACGCUCGGGUCGCUCGAGCACACACACACACACACACACACACUGGCGUGGCUCUCGGCCUCCAUUUGCCGGUUUGUUUUCACGUUCGAAGGGUUUCACCGGAGCCUAACACCACCACCACAAUCACCACCACCCACCCCGGCGAGGGCGACAACAACAACGACGGCGGCGGCGGUGGCAACGCAAACAGUUUCGGAGUUCUCGACGUAAAACGUUGACGUUACGUUGCGGGGCCACGAGGCGUUCGACCCGACGACGGAAAGGUGUCUAAUGAAGAAGGACAGACAUUCGUGAUGCCCGCCACAGACUCUGAAUCCACAUCGAUGGAGGAGCCCCGUGCAUCGGAGGAAUUGGAAGGGAGCUCGACUAACGCUCCCACUAAGGCCGUCCCUUCCUCAACCCCUCACGAUCCGACCACCGCGGGACCUGAUCGUUUCCCUCGCGAGACGGCGAUUGAGACGAAAGCUGUCUCCAUGGCGAGCAACGACUGCAGCUCGGCUCGCUCCUCACCCGCUGAAGCUAGCCCAGCCAAGCCUGCCGCAGCACCGCCCACUGCCUCCGAAGGGACCGCUGAAACCAGCCCAGCUACCUCACACAUAGCGUCGGCGUCGGACUCCCUGGCGGCAACGGGGUCGAGCCCUGUCGGUGCAUCUGAACUGCCGCCGCCGUCGUCUGCGCUACAAUCUACCACAUACGGCAAGCCGGGCGCGGGAAAGAAAUAUCCCGCGGUGCUGACCUUCAAAGGCGUCAGUGUCACUCUGGAGAACAACAGCGUGUGGGAGCAGUUCUACAGCUGCGGGACGGAGAUGAUUCUCACGAAACAGGGGCGCCGCAUGUUCCCGUACUGCCGAUAUCGCCUGUCUGGCUUGGAUCCCAAGCGGCAGUACAGUUUGGUCCUUUCCAUUGUUCCAUCGAGCAAGUACAAGUACCGCUGGAGCUCAACCAAAUGGGAAAUCACUGGACGAGCAGAGCAGCAGGGCCAGUGUCUGAGCCGGGCCUUUUCCCACCAUUACUCGCCCAGCCUGGGCUCUGAGUGGAUGAACACCUUGGUGUCCUUCUACAAGCUCAAACUGACCAAUCAACCUCAAGAUCUCGACGGCUACGCGGUCCUGCACUCCCUGCAUCGCUACAUUCCCAGGCUGCAUGUUAUCCCAGUCCCAGACGGGAACGCGCCCUCACCUGCCCAGCCUGUGAUUAUGGGACCAGAGAGCAUGACUUUUACAUUCCCGCAAACUGAAUUCAUGGCUGUGACGACUUAUCAGAACUUUCGGAUCACCCAGCUGAAAAUUAAUCACAAUCCGUUUGCAAAGGGCUUCAGGGAUGAUGGGAACAACCCCCGUCUGACUCGAUUGGCUCAGGCUGCUGAGGCGAAAUCUGUGGUGAUGACGGAACCUCAGUCUCCUAUUUCAACACCCGCGGAGCCCAAUAUUCACCUUUUUUUCCGAACACAAGAGUCCAUAAACAAUAAGGACAGGGAGAAGGUUGUGGAUCUGAGCACAAAGACCCCCAACGUCUCUGCUUCUUUCUUAAAUGAGCAAGUGACCCGACUGGUCCUGAAGCCCAUCAUGUCUCUCUCCACCAGGGAUGAACCGUAUGUCCCCUGUUUGAGGGGCAAGCAUUCCCUUGGCGAGCUUGUGCUCGUCCAAAAACGUCCACUUGUUGAGCCCACGGGAAAACCCACAGAGGAAUCCACGGAAGAACCCCUUGCUGCGAUGACCAACGCCCCCGCUACCUCAACGCCGAUCCAGGGAUCAUCGCCCGGAAACCACAGGAGGAGGAAGAAGAUCAAUAGACGUUGGGCUAAUUCGAGGGGUAGAGAGUGGAAAGCUGCAGCUGCCUCCCCCACGGUAUUCCACAGCCCUUCGUUGACUGUCGCUAUGCAACCAGAGCUGGAUGAUGUAGAGGGCCUGCUGUUUGUGUCAUUUACCUCAAAGGAAGCUCUUGAGGUACACAUUGGGGACAAACCAGCCAAUAGCACACCACUGGCAUCCCCGAUUUCCCCGACGACGCCGAUGGUGUGGAAGAAGAAAGUGGAUGUGAUUCCGGAGACGGAUGGGGAGAUGAUUGGCCGCUUGGAGGCCAUCCUGCUGCAGGACCUCAUGCUUCUCAAGCACAGACAAGUCAUCCAUCCUGUGCUGCAGGAGGUGGGCAUGAAGUUGAGCUCGUUGGACCCGAUGAAGUCCAUCGACCUGCAGUAUCUUGGGGUUCAGCUGCCACUUUCUGCCCCAAACCUGCCAGAAAAAAGCGAGGCCGUGGCUUCGUCUCCUGGUGACAAAGGAGCGUCCUUCAUCUCCCGAACAGGAAAGACAAGUGACAUGACACAAAUAAAGGGAUGGAGAGACAAGUUCAUAAGAAACAAAGAAACGUCUCCCAAUUGUGAAGGAUCCCAGAAGAACCUCUCUGCGUUCUGCAGCAACAUGCUGGAUGAGUACCUGGAGAACGAGGCUCAGUACAUCAGCGAGCGCGCCGCCGCCUUCGCCACAAAUUCCGAGGACUCGGUGGCCUAUCAGCUGCCCGUCAAAAGCUCCAGCUACGUGAAAACCCUGGACAGCGUCCUGCAGCACCGAAAAACCGCUUCCAAAAUUCCUGUUGGGGCCAACAGGCCCUGCCCCCUUUCCCACAAGCCCCUCCUCUACUCUGCAGUGGCGUCGCCGGCUCCUCCCCUUUCCAGACCCAAGACCCCGGUUCAGGCUGAAGUACAGGCCACACAGGCGGCCCCAUCCUCACAGACAGCGCCGGUAGCACAGAGAUUAUCCACGUACCUCCCAGAGCUCGGCCUAAGACCAGCGGGAAGCGUGGUGCAGAGCCCCGCCGUGACCCAAAGGGCUUCAGGCCUCUCUAAGUACCAGUGCCUCCUGCUGCAGAUGGAGUUGGGAGCCAUGAGCCGGGGUCUGAACAGGACCCAGCUGACUGAAGACCGGCUGAUGGUGGCCCUCACUGGUUUGCUGACUAAACAGAUGGUGCCCAGUGAGGUCUGUAAAGUAUCCAAGUAUCCAAAGUACAAAGCGAUGCUACCCGAAUGCGGUCAGGAGUUCUGCAUCCUGGGCUGCGUGUGCUUGAGUCUGCAGCGUACCAACAGAGCUCCGUUCCACUGCCAGCGGCCUGAAUGCAUGUUCGCCUGCGCCUGCUUCAAACGCAGGAUCACCAAGCAGCUGAGCCUGGGGGAGACAGAGGAGCUCAUCCAACCGGUCUACUCUGUGAGUAAUACGGAAAAUGUGGUUCAACCUCACCCGGGCUCCCAUGCUAACAAACUGUGGAACUGCCAUACUCAUCAAGUGGAUCCAGAACCACUCUUUGUCCCCAAAAGGGCUCCACUGUAUAUCCUCCCUCUAAAGAACUUGAAGCGCAGCAGUGGAACCCAUCUGACCCAACCGAUUCGAGAAGAGGAUAAAGGUCCGGUGUAUAAAUACUUGGAGAGCAUGAUGACGUGUGCGCGUGUGAGGGAGUUCAACAGCGCGCCUCCCCCCAAGCUCAACAUUGAUCCCAAGGUCCUUGACAGCUUCGCAAAGACCCCCAAAGCAAAGCAGCAGAAGACGGCCGCUGGCGACCAGCCGAAGUCCCACAGCCCUCAGAUGGUUAAAAAAACUGCAAUAAAGGCCUCUGUGGCGUCAGGUGAAAAAGAAGCAAAAAAGCAAAUCGAGAUCCAGUCGGCGUGUCAGUGGAUGAAGGACCGCCAAAUGGUCCUUGAGGUUUUAUGUCAGCGCAUGAAUCAGAACCGGCUGUCUCGCCGCUUCUGGAUCGGGCCUUAUCACGUCCGCCCGGUCGCCAAGAUCUUCAUGCGGAAGCCCAGCGGCGCCACCGUCACCUACAGGCUACACAUCAGUAAACCAUCAAAAGCCAGUGACAUCGAUGGAGAUGAAUCCGACGACAGCGAUGAGGAAAACCCGCCCGUCAAAAGCCCCAAUUUGCACCUGGAGGCAGAAGAGGACCAAUUCCAAUUUAAAGAGCCAGAUGUGCAGGUCGCAGUCACACCCUUCAUGAUUGGAGUGGUACCUGCUGGCAGGUUGAAGGUCAGGACCAAACCUGUUGGCUGCCAAGUUUCUGGACUUAUACAGGUAAAUGGUAAAUCCUACAAUCAGGCCCGACUGAUGUUGGGGAACAUGGGGUCUCUACAUCCAGCCAACCGCCUCGCAGCGUUCGUCACGGGCCGACUGCGUCCUCCCAGCGGCAUUUCACUUAAAGUUUCUCGGAAAUCUGACACUACAACCCGAACCCCCACCCCUGACUCUCUGCACAGAGCGGCCCCUCCGGUUACAACGGCACGAGGAGCCGCUGAUCUGAAGCCGCCAGCUCCGAGGUUCCCGAUGGACUUUUGGAUGAAGGGAUUGAACAACUCCAUCCAAAACGCCUCCACCUUCAACCCCUUUGCCUCGAGCAACCGCAGCGGCGUCAGCCCCUUCCAGAGCUGCUCCACCUCCUCGCCCGUGUCCCUCACCGUGUCGCCGGCUCUGAAAACCCCCAGCUUCUUGGGGCAGAGCGGCACCUACUCAUUCCGGAUCUGCCCUCCGGCCAACCAGAGGACCAGGAGCCGGAACCUGCCGGGCGUCACCCUGCCCGGCGGCUUCACCCUCAUCGAGCUCCCGCGCCACGUAGCUGACGGAGCCGCGCCGGGAACUGUGAGCGCUGCUUGUGCGGACGAAGCCCGGCCGCAAAAAGAGGCCCCGCCUAACUGUGGCCGCUUGGCAGCCGAUUCGGCUCCAAGUUGGGUCGGCCCGGAGACUUGUGGAGCGGCUACGGACCAAUCCGGCAGCACGUCACUGGAGCCAGGAUCUCCCCCUGAGCUGGCCUGUGACGUGAAGAUGCCAUCGGAUGAGAUGAAUGAAAGCAACAGCAGGGAGGAGGACUCAAACCCGGAUGUCACCUCUGAGGACUUGAGCUCCGACUCGGACUCCUCCGACUACUCCGCAGGGGGGGACGAAGACGAUAGUGAUGUGGAGGUGGACAUUGAGACGGUAGACGGGUUGGCCAUCAAUGAAGUUAAAGAUGUCCUAAAAGCACUAAAGGAGUCUGGAAAAUCCAGCGCUGGUUUGGGAUCAUCGCCGAAACUCGCCGAAAAGGAGUGUAAGGACAACAAGAGACGGACGAACCACACGGUGCUCGAAAGGCAAAGACGCUGUGAACAGCGGACCCUCUUCGACAAACUCCAGACUGUCCUUCAGAGCGACCCCCGGGCCCCCAGGCUCCGCCUCCUCACACUGGCCGUGAAAGAAAUCCAAAACCUGGUGGAGACAUCGCGGGCUCUGGAGGAGAAGAAGAGGAUGCUGACUCGGAUGCAGGCCAUCUACGUGAAGGAGCUUUCCCUCUUGUCUGGCAAGUCGGACACGCUGAUUAAAAACAAGCUGAAGGAGAUCUGCGAGAAGCAGAAAGAGAGGGAGAAGAAGGCUGGAGAGAAGCCUGAAAAGAAGCCUCAAUGGAAGCCCUUCUUCUCCAAUCUUCUCUCGUCCAGAGCUGCUCUCCUGCAAUCCGCCGCUCCUCCUCAGUCAAAGCUGCCGCCCCAACCGCUGUCCCUGACCGACUUCUUCAAGAAUGAGGUUCCGAACGGGGCCCAAAACAAGCUGAUGUCUCUGCUACACGCCAACAUAAACAGGCCUCCUACCCAACCCGCCGCCGCGCCACUACUGCUGCCUCCGGUCCCGGCCCCCUCGCUACCUGGCGGCCCCCCUCAGAAGACGUCAGAGGAGCGGCUGGAGAAUCGGGUCGGCUGCACCGCCUCCCACGCGGGCGCAGCGUCGGCUUCGCCCCAAGCGCCCGCUUCCAGCAAUCCCCCCGCCGAAGCCACGACGACCUUCUCUCUCCCGCUGAUUCGCUCCAAAACCGGCAGAAUCAUACUGCCGUCGUCUCUAAAGCCACUUGGUCACGGCUUCUACACACUCAUGGUCAUGGAGCCCAGGAAGAACGGGCAGGAGGGCGGCGUGAAUAUGAGUCCUUCUGAGGUGGAGGCGUUGGUGAGACAGGCCCAGAGCUUUUCCUCCGGAAGCCCUCGGGUUUCGGAGGAAGGGGGAACCGUACCGGCUUCGCCUCUUCCCUCGGGUGUGACCGCGGCCCCCGGGGCUCAGCUCGCGCCCCCCGACAAACCAGGCGGCGCGGCUUCGGGUGCAGCGGUGGGCUCGGGCAAAACGGGUCCAAGUCGCAGAGGCCGCAGGAGAGGCCGGCCCCGGAAGCGCCCCCUCCCCACGCCGCCCGCUGGAGACGGUGGCAGAAAUAAAAAAAUGUCUUCCAAAGGGACCAGAGCACAAGCUGCGGGGGCGGACGGCGACGGCCCCCCGGCGGUCAAACGGCCCAGGGGACGGCCCCCGAAGAAGAGGUCACCACAGCUGUGGCGUCCUCCCGCCCAGCGCUCAGCGAGUCUUCCGUCCAACUGCGGCCCCGUCGGCCCGUCCCCCGGGAGCCCCGAUUCCAAGCGCAGGGCGGCGGGGGGCGGCGGCGGCGCCGGUCGCCCGCUGACCCGCGGCUCCCUGGGGAAGGACUUCCCCAGCGCAAAGAAGCGCUCCUGGAUAGACGUGGAGAAGGAGCUGGAACUGGAACCGGAGAUCAAAUCCGAUUUUGAAUCGGAAUCGGAGUAAUCCUCGUCUCUUCCUGCGGACGUCGGACCUCGGGGAGUCUCCGGGACGGACAAAACUCGGUGGACCUUUACUACGGAGAGAGAGAGAGAUAGAGAGAGAGAGAGAGAGACUAUGAGAGAAAGCAUUAACUGACCGGCUGAAUGUCUGAACAGAAAUGAAUGGUAACAGCAUUCCGCUUCGAUAUAUAUCAGGAUUUCUGAGAUACUUUUCCGUCACCUAAAUUCUGGUUCACUUUACUUCACACCCAGCGAAAUGAGAUUUAUUCAAAUCAUGAAUUUUUUUUUUUUUGUCAUUUUUUUACUGAUCUGUCCUAUGCAAAUACAUGUAAAAGUCCAUGUUUCUCAGUACUGACAACUGCUUCAUUAACUCUGUCCAAAGUACGUUUUCCAUUUUUAUUGAGAGCUAGUUUGACGCAUGUAUUCCUUUUUAUGAAAGUGUUGUUCCGGUAUUAACUAAGUGAAAAAUCAAACGUAGUAGCACUUUAUGUCUUUGGUAGGACCCACCCAUGAUUUCUUUGCUGUAGUCUGUAUAGUAGUGGUUUGUAUUCUGGGGAGUGAAAUGCACAUAAACCUGAUGUGUCAGAAGCAAUCAAGAGACGCUUUUUGCCAUAUAUUGUAUCUAUGAAAAUAAUCUCUGUAAAUAUUAUAUUUCUUUUGAUUUUUUUGAUCUUUUAUUGCGAUGCAUCUACUUUGUGGAUGAUUUUGAAACACUGGUUGUCUUGUUGCUUUCGUUCAAUAGAAGAUGUGAAAAAUAAUGUGGCCUUUAUAAUCAAUAAAAACGACAUGCAUUUAUUAUCA